AUAAAAGUUAUGAUUUCAAGAGAAGAGUUGAUUUAUAUGAGUAAAGUAUGUGAAUAAGCGGAGAGAUAUGAGGAUAUGAUUACCUAUAUAAGACAAAUCGCUUUGAUGGAAUAAGAAUUAUCGGCAGAGGAAAGAAAUCUGUUUAUUUUUCCCUAUUAUUAUUGUGUUGGUUGUCGAAAAACAUAAAUGAGAUAGCUUCUGCAUAUAGAAAAAAGAGAAUAAUAGAAAGUAGUUUAUAUUUGAUGAUUAAGAUGAUGACUAACACAUAAUUAUUGGUUAUAAAAAAACUUAAAAGUAAAAUAGUUACAGAAUUAAAUGACUUUUGUAAUGACUUUUUAAGUAUAGUUGAUAAUCAGCUGUCUAGAUAAGAUAUAUCAAAUGAAACAUAUUGUGUAUUUAGCAGAUUCAAAUAUUUAUACAUGUAACAUAAAAUAGAUUACUUGGAAGAUGAAGAGGAAAAAACUAUGGCAAUAAAACUAACAAAGUUAUAAUAUGAAUAAACUUAUGAAAAAGUAAGAAAACUACUAAAAGCAAGAAACUUAUUAAGGCUCUAAAUAGGUUUAGAUUUCAGUAAUUUUGUGUAUGAGGUUUUAAAUGAUAAUAAAAAGAGUUGUGAAAUAAGCAAUGAAGUAAAUAUUAAAAUAUUAUGGAGAUAUUAAUGGAGGCUAGGAAUGAUGUGAAUAUAGAGGAAGAUUUAGGAGAGAAGAAAUAGAUUGAAUCAGUUAUAAGUCUGAUUGAAGAGAAUCAAAAUUUGAUAAAUUAAUAAUUAUGA